CCAGUCGCGCACGUGCGUAAGUAGAGUCUACGAAAACAACGAAUGUUCGGCUAAAACAUUGAGCAUAUCAUCCAUGGACUGAUAUGUUCAAACAAUAACUAACGUCAUAUUAUGGACUUUAAAUUGUCCAACUGAAACCCAUGUGUGAGGCCUAAGACUCAUGAUAAGUCAUAAUGGAUACCCAAAACUCUUGUCGUGAUGUAAUUCCCAGUUCUUGAGAAGCGCAAACACACGGGAAAAGAACACUCUCGGUGUGCUGCGGUUCAUUCACUACGUUUCGCUCGCCCUCCAGCCCUCUGUCGUCUCUAUCUCCUCUCUGAUAUGAGAACGUAAACUUGUGAGCGAGUGGAAUUUCCUUCCAAACGUCAAGAGCGCACACGCACAUGGACAUUGAGAGGAGGAGUGCGCAUUGCGCACCUCAGUCUCACCAAUAAUAGUGAGGAACAUCCCGAAUGAAGAACAGUUUCAGAGCUAGCCUCAAAGCAUAAACACAAGAGCAAUUCUGUGCUAAACACUUCCAAAAGUUCUCGUUCCAACUUCGAGCAGACCUUCAUCACUCAAGUGGUUCCAAACUGAACAGUGCUCUCAAGACACGAGUGUUUGGAUCAAUAUUCAACACGAAUUCUACCGACACAAUUGCACUUCAAACCCCACCCGCGAAUAACAUGAGAUUGCGGGAUCUAUUAAAUCUAUCAUCCUCUAAAGGAUCAACCACCACCAUGCAGAGAGAGUCCGUCUCAAGCCAACGAGAGUUCUCCAAGCAAUACGCCUUGGGAGCCGUGUUGGGCAAGGGUGGAUUUGGGACCGUCUAUUCGGCCCAUCGCAUCAAGGACCGCCUACCCGUGGCAGUGAAGAUUGUAAGCAAGAAUCGAAUCAUUGCAAUGGACAAGAAUGCUACCCACAUCCCCAUUGAGGUGGCCCUAAUGAAGCAAGUGGCCAGCGUACCCGGGGUCAUCAAAUUGAUCGACUUCUUCGAGAUGCCUGAUUGCUUCUUCCUGGUCAUGGAGCGCAUGAACAACUGCAAAGACCUCUUCGAUUACAUCUCGGACGCCGGAUUCGUACCCGAGGUCCUGGCCAAGCGAUUCUUCAGACAGAUCUUGACCACGGUCAUUCAGUGCCAGGAAUCCGGAGUGCUUCAUCGCGAUAUCAAGGAUGAAAAUCUCCUGAUCGAUACCAAAACUUUGGAAUUGAAGUUGAUCGACUUUGGAAGCGGUGCCCAAUGGAAAGAGGAUGUUUACACUGACUUUGAUGGAACCAGAGUGUAUGCUCCUCCAGAAUGGAUCAAGUUUCGUCGGUACCGAGCCGAUGGACUCACCGUGUGGUCUUUGGGGAUUCUGCUCUUUGAUAUGGUCUGCGGAGAUAUUCCCUUUGAAAGUGAUUCCCAGAUUAAGCGAGCCCAUUUGAGUUUCCGACCCGAGCUGAAGCUCAGUCUCGAGGUCCAGGAUCUGAUCCAACGAUGCUUGACCGUGAACCAAUCAGAUCGAAUCAAUCUCAGUCAGAUCUUGGAUCACCCGUGGAUGCAAGUCUCCGAACCGCAGGGGACCUUCAUGAAAUCCCUUCCCGUACUUCAACGGGCCCUGUCUCAACCCAUGGCCGUGGCUAAUCAAACCAAGCCCGCCAAAGAGAUCAGUAAUUCGCUCGAAUCCGAGAUGAGCGAAGAUUUCAGCAUGGGAUCAUUGUCAGAUUCUCCUGGUUCAUCCAUGUCGAUUUCUCCCAUCCCCAUGCUCCACCCUAAGGGUUUGCAAAGGAACAAGAUCAGUGUGGGAGACCUCACUUUAGCUGGAUCCUCAGUGGAAACCCCAAUGUCGCUCUAGAUCUGUGAUUUAGAUCAGUCAUCCACGCCAGUCAUACUUGCAGUCGAGAAACCAAACUUCUUCGCAUACGCUCUAGGUCAAAGAAGCGACACCCUCCACUACACAUAAAACAACUACCAGUCCAUAAAUCAAUACCAAAUGUCCUUGUGUUAGAUCUGAUGUACCCCCAAGUGAUAAAAUCUUAUCUUGUCAGAAAGAAUUGACGAAUAAUUCAACUUUGAUUCUAGCCCCCCCUCCCCAAAUGUCAGCGACGAUAUAAACUUUUUUUUUAUAGAAAAAGUAUAUUGAAAAUAUAUCUAGUAUAUAUUUCAAAAUGUCGAUCGAUGGUUAUCGAACAACUAUUUAUGUAUCAUUAUCAACAUUGAAUCAAUAAAUAUUCUUGAAAAAAUAA